GUUUUUAUCGUCUGGAUUGACUCAGGGUAUUAGUGGAUCUAACGGGAAAGAAGCAAAGAUAUGGGUCGUGGAGUUAGUAGUGGAGGAGGACAGAGUUCAUUAGGAUACUUGUUUGGGGAUGGUGAGGCUCCAACGUCAACCAAAACAAACCCCCAGGCAGUUCGAAGUGAAGCUCAGCCGAUAAAUGAAGAGCCAUCUUCAAAGCCUGCUGCUGCUCCUUCUCCUCCUGCUGAUGCUACUAAGCAGAUUCCAGCAGGUAUUCAAAGUAUCAGGGCAGAUGGUCAAAACACAGGAAACUUUAUCACGGACCGGCCAUCUACCAAAGUACAUGCAGCCCCUGGUGGUGGAUCUUCUCUGGGGUAUCUCUUUGGGGGCGGCAGCAGCUGAUAAAGAAUUUCCAAUCACCCAUCGCGUUUUAUUAUUUCUUAUACCUUGUUUAUCAACUAUCGUGUCAAUGUAAUUGUGUGUAUCGCAGAACGUCCUGUUGUUCUAUGUUUGCUACCUGGUGCUGGUGGGUAAGGGAGUUUUUUUUAAAGCCAAAAGUAUAUGUGGUUCAAUUGCACAAACUUCUGUCCAUAUUCGCAGUUGACAGCCAUUAUAUUCUAAGUUUACUCUCUUUGUUGCUA